AUGGGUUGUUGCAAAAGUUGUCUACAUAUUGACGGUGCACAAUUUAAUUCAUUAAAUUUAACACGAGUUUCCUCAUCCUUUACACAAGAUGAAAUAAUACAGCUCGGAACAUUUUUGUCUGAAAUACCGGAUCACUGUCAAGAAGCAAUUAUUAAUCUACCCGUACGACAACUACUGACUUUUUAUCAAUAUCAUUUGAUGGCUUUAUAUCAUGGUCUACAACGAGAAUGGUUAUUCGCUAUCUCCUAUGAACAAUGUUUAAUAAAAGGUUUACGAGCAUUGAUGCCAACUGAAAAAGAUCAUUAUAUUUUCUGUAAUUUUUAUGGUGUAUUAUCAGCAUCUUUCUUAGCACUUGGUGAAAUUCAUACAGCUAUUGAAGGAAUUCAAAUAGCUUUAGCUAUUCUAUUAAAACAUACUCUGAAUGACCAUAAAAAAAUAAGUUAUCAUUAUUAUCAUCUAGCUAAUGCUUACAAAAGAAUAAAACAUUGUAAAGAAGCUGCUGAAUGUUUUGUAAAAGCAAUUGAAAUAGCACGGCUCAGUAAUGAAAUUGAUGAAGAAUAUGUUGAUAUGCUUGAAACAGAUCUUCGAACAAUAAAGUAA